AUGGCUCACAAUUCCGUCACCACCGCCUUGUCCGCCCCGGGCAAGGUGCUCCUCACCGGAGGCUACCUCGUCCUGGACCGCAAUUACAGCGGAACCGUCUUUGCCCUCGAUGCGAGAAUCCAUGUCAUCGUCCAGCAGCGGAGACGGUCCCACCGGCGGGGAACCUCUGGGUCUGGCACCGCAGCCACGCUGGAGACCCAGCCCGCCGACGACGGCAGUGUUGUCGACGACCAGGACGCUGAAGACACCAUCGUCGUCCGCUCGCCGCAGUUUGACGGCGCCACGUGGGAGUACGGGGUGCAGCGCUGCGAGAACGGAGGGGGGAUCCGUGUCACCCAGAAGAACGAGGGGAAACACAACCCCUUCGUCGAGACCUCCCUCAACUACGCCCUGACCUACAUCAGCUACGUCGCCGACUCCAAGGACUUCGGCGCCCUGUCCAUCACCAUCCUGGCAGACAGCGACUACUACUCGGAAACCCCCACCUCCAAGGCCUCCACCGGCCGCUUCGUCAACUUCGGCGUCCCCCUACACGAAGCCCACAAGACCGGGCUAGGCUCCUCCGCCGCCCUCGUCACAGCCCUCGUAUCCGCGCUCGUCGUCCACCGCACCCUCCAACCCGACGACCUGGGUAUCGCGCGCGAGAAGCUCCACAACCUCGCACAAGCCGCCCACUGCGCCGCCCAAGGCAAAGUCGGCUCCGGCUUCGACGUCGCAGCCGCCAUCUACGGCUCCUGCCUCUACCGCCGCUUCUCCCCCAGCAUCCUUCAAAGCAUCGGCGACGUCGGCACCCCACGCUUCGAAGACCGGCUCUUCUCCGUCGUCGAAGACAUGGACCCCGCCCACCCGUGGGACACAGGAUGCCAAGACUUCGGCAUGAAGCUACCCCCAGGCAUGCAAAUGGUCCUCUGCGACGUCGAGUGCGGAUCCCAAACCCCCUCAAUGGUGAAAAAGGUCCUCGAAUGGCGCCAGCAGCACCCCGCAACAGCCACCCAGCUCUGGGACGCCCUGCAAGCCAACAACGAGCGCCUCGUCAUCUCCCUCCAGCAGCACCGCGCGCCCCAGGAAGACCCCGCCGACAACGACUUCGCCACCAUCCGCCAGCUCCUCGGCCGCUCGCGCUCCCUCCUCCGCAGCAUGACCGCCCAGUCCGGCGUGCCCGUCGAGCCCAAGGUCCAGACCGAGCUACUCGACGCCGUCUCCGCCGUAGAGGGCGUCAUCGGCGGCGUGGUUCCCGGCGCGGGCGGCUACGACGCCAUCGCGCUGCUUAUCAGGGAUGACCUCGCCGUUAUCGAGCGCCUGGAGCAGCUGUUCGCGGGCUGGAAGAGCCAGGUCGAGGAUGACUUCGGGGGCAAGAUCGGCACGGUGCGGUUGUUGGGCGUGAGGCAUGGCUCGGAUGGGGUCGUGAAUGAGUCAGUGGAGCAGUAUUCGGAGUGGAUUUAA